CUUUUCUUUCUUCGUCCCCGCCUAUCUGAGAUCAACGAGGGCAUACUGUCACCAUCAUUCACCACACACAAUAUUAGGCCUGUAAUUUACAGACAUGGCGACUCUUAAAGCGCUAUCUAGAGUGGAAAAUGUGAUCAUCAGGAACGUGACAGCGACGAUCAAAACGAACAUCUCGCGAUUCUCCGUUGGCAAGACGUGUGGGUGUUACUUUUCCACUUCAAGACAACGGUCCGGGCGAUUUUAUUCAGACCCCCUUGACGCAGUCAAGGAUAUUCCUAAUGGAGCGACUAUCCUUGUGGGAGGUUUUGGGCUGUGUGGUAUUCCAGAAAAUCUGAUUAACAGUUUGCUGAAGACAGGAGUUAAGAGCCUGACUGCUGUCAGCAAUAAUGCAGGAGUUGAUGACUUUGGCCUGGGCCUACUCCUUCGGACCAAACAGAUCAAGCGUAUGAUCUCGUCGUAUGUGGGGGAGAAUGUGGAGUUUGAGAGGCAGUAUCUCAGUGGGGAGCUGGAGGUGGAAUUGACCCCACAGGGCACGCUAGCAGAGCGGAUCAGGGCCGGAGGCGCAGGUGUGCCUGCCUUCUUCACUGCCACAGGCUAUGGCACGCUCAUCCAAGAGGGAGGCUCUCCUAUCAAAUACAACAAGGACGGUACCAUUGCCAUCGCAAGUGAACCCAGAGAGGUGCGUGAAUUUAACGGCCGUCAUUAUAUCAUGGAAAAAUCCAUUACAGGAGACUUUGCACUGGUCAAAGCCUGGAAAGCAGACAAAGCUGGCAAUGUCAUCUUCAGGAAAACAGCACGAAACUUCAACCAGCCCAUGUGCAAGGCAGCCAAGAUCACAGUUGUGGAGGUGGAGGAGAUUGUAGACGUGGGCUCAUUUGCAGCCGAAGAUAUCCACAUCCCCAGCAUCUACGUCCACAGGAUCGUCAAGGGAGAUCGCUACGAGAAGCGGAUCGAAAGGCGUACAGUAAAGAAAGGCCAGGCUGAAAAACCCCAACCCAAGAAAGACUCUGAUGUUGUGAGAGAGAGGAUUAUUCGCAGAGCUGCGCUGGAGUUUGAGGACGGGAUGUACGCCAACCUGGGCAUCGGAAUCCCCAUGCUGGCCAGUAAUUUCAUUAAACCGGAUAUUACUGUCCACCUGCAGAGUGAAAAUGGCAUACUGGGGCUGGGCCCCUACCCAACAGAGGAAGAUGUUGAUCCAGAUCUCAUCAAUGCCGGUAAAGAAACUGUCACAGUUCUUCCUGGAGCUGCUUAUUUCUCUAGCGACGACUCCUUUGCCAUGAUCAGAGGGGGUCAUAUCAACUUGACCAUGUUAGGAGCCAUGCAGGUAUCCAAGUAUGGAGAUCUGGCCAAUUGGAUGAUUCCGGGUAAGAUGGUGAAGGGCAUGGGAGGAGCUAUGGAUCUAGUGGCCAGUGCUGGAACUAAAGUAGUUGUUACAAUGGAGCACUCUGCUAAGGGUGGCAAACACAAGGUUCUGGAGAAGUGCAAUCUGCCUCUGACUGGAAAACAAUGUGUAGACCGUAUAAUCACAGAAAAGGCGGUUUUCGAUGUCGACAAGGACAAAGGUUUAACACUGAUUGAGGUUUGGGAGGGUCUGACACCAGAUGACAUUAAGAAAUGCACAGGGGCUGACUUUGAGGUCUCUCCUAACUUGAAACCAAUGGAGCAAAUUUAACGGUUUUAGAAACAAAUGCUUAAGGCUGUUUAGACAGCCAAUGGAAUCCACACAAUUGUUAAAUCCCUACUGCAAAUCCUUUCAGGGCUUCAACUGAAGAUUUGUGAGGAAAUUUCACUGAAGUAUGUUAAAAACAACUAAUAUUCAAUAAGGUCAUCAGAACAUCACAGUAUAUUCAUCUCUGUUUAAAUAAUGAAUUAAUGUGAAGUAGCCUGAAUGGUUGAUUUAGGUUGUCAAUAUCAGUUUAUUUAAAUGCAAAUUAUUUGUUAAAAUAUUGUCAAUAGGUUAAACAAGAAGUAUUGUAAAAUAACAAUCAGUCAUCAUUUCAUAUGUAGAUUUUCCAUUUUCCCAUCUAAUUCAGCUCAGGUCUGAGGCUUUAAUGAUUCUUUCUGUACAUAUUAUUUGUACAAAGCAAUAAAUGUCCAUUCAUGAC